UCAACUCUCAGGGAAGCUACAGUCAAGUUUCAGUGACUGUGUGUGUUAGAAAAGCUUCACAAUCAUCUGGUUUGACUCUAUCCUGGCGUUACGACGCGUGUAGAGGGUUUUCAAACAUGUCGUCCUUCAGAAAAGCGCUGAAAUCGCGUCAGCGAAACCACCAUGAAAGAUCUCAGCCUGGUUUUAGGAAGCAUUUGGGACUCCUGGAGAAGAAGAAAGACUACAAACUGCGUGCAGAUGAUUACCACAAGAAACAAAACACCCUCUCUGCUCUGCGAAAGAAAGCCCUGGAAAAGAACCCAGAUGAGUUUUACCACAACAUGAUCAGCUCAAAACUGGAGGAUGGAGUUCAUGUAAUGAAGAAGAAGAACGAGGAGGUGGAGGUGACAGAAGAACAGAAGAAAGUGAUGAGGACGCAGGAUAUCAAAUAUGUGGAGAUGAAAAGGGUCGCAGAGGCAAAGAAAAUUGAGAGACUCAAAGGGGAGCUCCAUCUUCUGGAUGCCGAAAGCAAAGAAAAAAACAAACACACUUUUUUCGUGGAUUCCAAAAAGGAGGUACAGACUUUUGACCUGGCAAACCACCUGGACACAGCUCCAGAGUUGGUGGACAGAGUGUUCAACAGACCAACUCUUAAAACUCUGGAGACGAAGAGCAUCCAGGGUGCUGUGGAACCACGCAGAAUAGAGAAGCUGGCGAGGCAAAGGAAUCAUCAGUAUAAAAUCCUGUCCCAGAGGAUCGACAGAGAAAAGAAAAUGUUCGUCAUCAGUCAGAAAAUUCAGACCCGGAAGGACCUGCAGGACAAGACCAAGAAAGUGAAGGUAAAAAAAGAGACUGCUAAUACUGCUGCUCACUACAAGUUUGAGGCCAAGAGGAAACGCUGAGGAACUACUGGGCAGACUGCGGAAGAAUAAAUCAUUUUUGGAAUUCUUGUAAAAUCAUGGACUUCUACCGGUUUGAUCCUCAAAGUCAGCAGAUGAUGGCUGCUUCUCAUCAUUGUUGCAGCUGUGCAUUUUUGUACAUAUUCAAGCAAUUGUAUUUCUUUCAAAUAAAAAAAAACAACAA